AUAUCCAUUGGCUGCAUCAACAUCACCUCCACGAGAAUUAAAAAAUUCAUCAACAAGUUCAACAUCUGUUAUUAACAAAAUAUCAUCACCUAAACAAUUUGUUGAUUUAACAAAAUCAGCUAGUUCUGAAGCAAUUAAUAAUGCUAAACAACGUGCAAUUGAUAUACUUAAACAACGUCUUGCUCAAAAACAGAUUACACCAAUUAAAGGUCAAUCAUUAGUAUCUGCUGAUGAAUCAUCAUCAUCAUCUUCUUCUUCUCCGAAACGAUCAAAUAUUGAAUCUGAUAUAAAUCAUUCAUCAAAACGUUUGAAAAUAUCCGAUAAUAAUAAUAAUAAUACUGAUACAAUUGAUCAAAAACAUUUUAUUGAUAUAAUGAAUAUGAAAUCAUCUCAUUCUGAUUUAUAUAAUCAAAUGACACUUGAUGAAAUAUUUGAACGUUAUAAAAAAAAAGAAAAUAUUGAAGAAAAACUUCUUCAAAUAAUGGAACGUGAUAUAAAAGUUAUUAUUUGCCGACAAUGUCAUUAUACAUCAUAUAAACAAUCAAUAUUAUGUAAACAAAAACAACAUUAUGUUAAAAUAUGUGAAAUAAAACAAAAAUUUUUUGAAUGUAUUCAAUGUCAUAAACGUAUUUUUACAUGGUCACAAUAUCCAAUAGAAAAUUGUAUGAAUUGUCAUAGUUUAAAAGGUUUUCGUCGUACACCUUUAAUACGUGAACGUUAUGAAACAAAAUUUGAAGAUGAAAUAUUAUUAUUACGUGGUGAAGAAGAAAAAUUUCUUAAUUCGUUUGUUAGUUAUAAAAAAUUACCUAAUAUUAUCGAUUAA